AUGAACGAUAAUUUUCAUGCAGAAAGCCCUGCUCUGGCAUUGUCAUUAUCGCCAGAUUCUAAGAGCUAUGAAAUAUGGAAAGACACGAAGACUAUGUCAACAAAUUUAGAUGUUUAUUUUUUUAAUUGGACGAACCCGGAAGAUCUUAUGGACCCAGAGAAGAAAAUUCAUUUAGUUCAACUAGGACCAUAUAGUUUUAUAGAAAGGCGAGAAAAAGUUAACAUAACUUUUCAUCCAGAAAAUAGUACGGUUAGCUAUUUACAACGUAGGACUUGGUUCUUCGACGAAUCAAAAAGUAAUGGCACAUUACAAGAUAAAAUUGUACAACUGAAUGUCGUAGCUGUGUCAGCGGCGUACAAGAUUCGAUAUUGGCCUUUCAUGAUUCAACAAAGUCUGUCUUAUGUAUUAAAUCAGUUUUCGAAUAAAAUUUACAUCGUGAAAACAGUUGACGAGCUUCUCUUUACGGGCUUUGAAGAUAAAAUUAUUACUAUGGGAAAGAUGUCCGGUAUGGACGAGGACUCUCCACCAUUCGACCGAUUUGGUUGGUUUUAUAUGAGAAAUGGAUCGACUGAAUUUGAUGGCCACAGUAACGUAGCGACUGGCGUAGAUGAUCUUAGCAAUAUUGGAAAAUUAAAAUUAUGGAAUUAUAAGGAUACAACAAAGUAUUAUAAAAGUCCUUGUAACACGAUUGAAGGAAGUUCCGGUGAAUUUUGGCCUCCGUAUAGAACCAAAGAGGAUAUUAGGCUAUUCACUACCGAUAUUUGCAGGCCAGUGACGUACGAGUUCGUGGAUAAGGUGAGUCACAAGGGUAUCGAGGGAUACAAGUUCUCGAUGGGCAAAACGACACUAGGAAACGACUCGAGACGGCGUUACCCGCACGAGCAGGCCAAGUACUUCGAGCCGACGACCACAACGGAAGAUUUCUUCGUUAUCGACCCAACAACACUGAAGCCGGAGGUGGAAAACGAUGAUCCGGAUGUGGUGAACGAGGGCCGCUGCUAUUGCAAUGGCGAGUGCUCGCCGAUGGGCCUGAUAAACAUCACGGCCUGCCGCUACGGAGCCCCCGGCUUCGUCAGUUUACCUCACUUUCACAAGGGCGACCCCGUCCUCAGGGAGCGCUUUACCGGGCUUGAUCCCAAAGCCGAGGAUCAUAGUUUCGACAUCGUUCUCGAGCCGACGACCGGUAUUCCAAUAAACGUAGCAGCUAGAUUACAAGUUAAUAUUUUAUUACAGUCAUCGAAGACCGUGUCGUUAUUUAAAAAUGUUCCUACGAUAUAUUUUCCAAUAUUCUGGUUCAAUAUGAAGGUUGAAAUUCCAAAUGAAUUAGUUGGAAAUUUGCAGUUACUAUUAAAUUUACCAACAAUUACAAUGUACACGGGGUUAGUCCUGAUGCUCAUCGGUUCUCUUAUUCUCUUUAGUGUGGUUGUAAUAUAUUACGUAAAUAAUCGUCGGAGAUUGUGCCAGAAUAAAUCAAAUAAAACGGAUUCCUUACAAAAGAAGACGGAAAUGGUGUAUAUGGAUAAAGUUAACGCCAAUGAAGAUGGACAAACGAGGAACGAUCGACGUUUGUAUCCAAAACUUUAGUGCAUAAUUAACGAAAGAGAAAAUCCGUUAAUUAAAAAAUUUAAUAAAUGCUAUGUACAUGGUGACAGAAACUUUCUUGAAUUGUAUCUAGUUUUUCAUGAAACGCUAGGCUACGCUUCAAAAGAGAAAGUUAUGCAUACGAAUUUGCUCAAAACAUUAACGUUUAGACUGUAUAGUCCAAUGUAUAGUAAUGAGAGUCAAUUUGGACGUCUCCACCAGAGAAUAACGUCCUUUGCCUUCAUACGCUUAGAGAUAGUCAAAUAAAGAUUGCCAUUUCAUAAUUAUAUAUCGACGCUGUUAGGAUAUUUUAAUUACGUAUUACCAGAGCAAGAGAAAAGUCAGCUAUGACAAUGAAAGAUUUUGCCAUUGUAUAAUAAAUUGGUUAGACAUUUUAAAAAUUAUUGUAAAAUACGCAAAUUAC